AAUUAGAAAUUUAAAUAUAACCUCCAUAUAAUCAAUAACAAUUAUUUUUUGAUAUGUAUACUAAUUUAAAAAAUUCAUUGCCAAAUUUUUCUAUUAAUAUUUUAAAAAAUAUUAUAAGAAAAUGUACAAGUUUGACUCUAAAUGAAACAGAAAAUGCAAUUUAUCCACCUAUAUUGGAUUUAUCCUACAAAGCUAAAAUUAAAAGAAAAAAUGAAGAAUGGCACAAUAAAAUUAAAAAAUUAGAAACUAUAGAGGAAAAGUUAAUAGGAAUUAAUAUGCCACGUUAUUAUGGUUGGAAAUCAUUAAAUUUAAUGGAAGGAUUUAUACCGUAUAAUUCAUUACAACAUGCUCAAUAUAUUACACAUACUCAUGUUAUAAACAAUAAUAAAUUACCUGAAUUUUAUGAUACAGUAAUUACACCUGAAAAAAUAAAUACUUUAGUACAAAUUAUUAAACAAAAUAUAGAAAAUAUUAUCAUUUUUGAAUAUAGUCAUAGAUUAAAAAAACAAGAAAUAAUGGAGGAAAUAGAUACAGAAAAAGAAAAAUUAUUGCAAAAUGCUAUUACAAAGGCACUUGUUUUUCAAAUCAAUCGAAUAAUAUUAACUGUUCUGUCUUCAACUACACCACAUUUAUUAGAAACUGAAAUAGAUUUUGAACCAAGAGUGGAGGCAUUUUGGUUUGCAGGUGGUAUAGAACAUCAGCAUUUAUCUAAAAUACCACUAGUGAAGUCAGAAUUUCGAAAAGAACGUCUACGUGAUGCAAUUACUAUACCUGUCCAAUAUUUUGGUUCUCCAAUCUUACAAUUAAGACACCAAUUUCCUUUAAGAGAGAUUUUUUCUCUAAAUCAGUCUUUGAAUCCAGAAUUACUUAUUCCUGAAUUCAAAUUUAAUCCUAGAGUUCUAGGUUAUAAAUUUGCAUAUAAACAUGCAACUUGUAUACCUGGUUUUUGGCCUGGUGAUCCUUCUGAAUUUGGUUUAUUAUCAUAUCAUAAUUUAAAUAAUUUGACUUUUAAUUUCUUACCUUUAAGUGAAGAAGCAAUUACUGUACAAGCUAUCUUUGCAUCUUAUAGUUGGUUGUUAUCACAAGCUUGUUAUCAAGGUUUUUCAACAGUUAAUGAUAUAACAUAUCCAUUAGUAUCACAAACAAUUUUAACAAAUGGUCAAUACUGGUCAUUUUGUGUUUAUCAAUUGAAUACUACAUUAGUUCAUUCAGAACAUGCAGAUAAUAAUCUUACACGUAAUAUAUGUUGGAUAACACAACCAAUAAUGUUGUUUGAUAAAGUGGAAAAUGGAAAAAUUUAUGGAUUUAAUGAAGAUGUUUUAAAACAAUUAAUCACAUUUUAUAUGAAUGCACCUGUAAAAAAAAAUGAAAACAUGAAACCAUAUUUAGGUGAUUCUGUAAAAAUUCUUGCUGAUAUUACUGAUAUUGAGCGAAGAAUAUGGCUAGAAAAAUUAUUUAAAUACUUAAUGUCAAAUAGACCAAGACAUUUCAAAAUACCUGAAAUGUACCAUUGGCAAAAAAUUUAUUUAGUUGAUAAUAAAACUCGUUUUUUGGACAAGAAACGUGAUCCAUGGGAAUUUGGUUAUAAACCUUACAAGCGAAGAUUAGAUGAUCAUAAACCAGUUUAUGUUCCAAAAUGUUUAAGAGAGAAUCCCAAAAAGAAAAAAAUAGGCCGCUGGGCAAAAUCAUAUUAUCCAGAUGCUUAAAAUGUUAGAUUUUAUAUUUACAUAAAUAUUGUUAAUGAAAGUAUUUGUAAUUAUUUAUCAAUACUUAAAUUAAAUUUUAAUUAAUUUGA